UCAAUUCAAAUAAUGUACAGUUUUUAAUGUCAAAAAAAUCUUCCAUAAAAAUGAACCUGGAAACAAAUAGAAUUAACAACGAAUACACAAAAUUGCAAGAGCACAUCGCGAAGUUAUCGAGUACCCAAAAUAGUAUUAUAAAUAAAUUCGACGUCCUAAAAAAGAAUGUGGACGAAAUGAGAAAAAUCUUAACACAAUUUUCGGAUAAAAUAACAGCCCUUGAAGACGUGGCUGUGGAGAAGCGGAAGCUGAACAGCGAAGUCAAAACGCUGAAGAACAGAAUUGAUGAACUCUACGAGAUUAUCAAGGAUGGAAAGGAAGAGUCAGUUAAAAGCGACGAUGUCCAAGACAUCGAAUCGUGUCAUUCUGGUUUCUCUUGUUCUUCUAAGGUAACAAUGACCACAGGGCUGGAUCGAGACACGAUACGCGCCGCGUACGAAGACGUUAGGUCCGAUACCUCGCCCACGGAAUGGGCCGUGUUCAAGUUCGACGGAGCGAGAAUCGUCUGUUCGGCGCGCGGCAGCGACUUCUCCGAGUUCCGUACCCAGUUCUCUGACGAUGACCGUGCUUUUGGCUACGUCAGGUUGCAAAUGGGCGAUGAAAUGUCGAAGCGCAAGAAAUUUAUGUUCGUCACUUGGGUUGGGCCCAACGUGUCAGUUAUCAAUCGCGCCAAAAUGUCCACAGAUAAAGCCAUCAUCAAAGAUAUCAUUUCCAAUUUUGCAGUGGAACUUCAAUUGGAGAGUCAAGCUGAAAUAGACAUUGAUCAAUUCAAAGAAGCUCUAAACAGGGCGGGUGGUGCCAACUAUGGUACUGGUAUCAGGGAUUUAUGAAUUAAAAAAUGAUAAGCUAAAUUACCUUACCACAAAUAACAAAUUGCGAAUAACUUAACAAUACCUUUCUCUUGCCCGUACAUUUGAUUUAAGGGUGUGCCAAAAAUACGGACGAAAUAAUGAUGGCAUAAAAGCUAAUCAUUUUAACAUUAUUUAUUACUUACAUCAUCAUACAAGAUUAACUUACAUAGCUUUUACAAUGUGUAAAUAUUUGGCGAGAGUUGAACUUCCUAUCACGUAUUGUUAAGAUAUUUGUGUAAGGUAUUUUUUAAUUCAAGUCAAAAGUGGCAUAUUCAGAAAAUUUUUAGUAGAAUAAUCAUAAAGGAAUAAAAUUUUUGUAAUGUUUUAUAUUUAUAUGAUAUAAAUUAAAACUUCCAUUAUAUUUUGUAACAAUAUAUUGUGUGACAAUAUAUUUUAAUGAAUCGUAAAUAAGUAUUCUUGACAGUACAUUAUCUGACUGAACAACUUACGUCUUGCCCUAAUAAAAUAAUAUCGCUGCAUCUUGCCCUUAUAUUUUUUUAAUAUCUUUUGACACUUAGUGUUUAUUUUUAUAUCUUUAAAUUUCAUAGUUUUUUCGUAUCAGUCAGUAACAAAGAAAUUACAAUUUAUUUUUUUGAUUAUGAUGAAGAUCUAUUUAUUUUUUAAUCGAUUUUAAGGAAUAUUUUUAAUCUUGGACUGAUUUUCAAAAUAGAAAAACUUAGUUUAAUGGCAGGGUGCAAUAUGUUCUAAGAAAAUAAGAUUACCGCCAAAAUGUUUGCUAUUGUUGCCAUGUAUAAGGCAAAUGGUGCAUUUAUUUUUUGUCUACAUUUGUAUACAAACAUUCAAAAUUUUAAUGCUUUUAUAUACAUUGACUAGUAUUAUAUCGCCCUACAUAAUUAUUGAUGACUGGUAAAUACAAUUAACCAAACAAAAUA